AUGCGCAUACUCCAGCUGAUCGAAGAGGGCGGCGCGCCGUCGGUGCGCGAGCUGUCGUCGCUGUUCGACGCGCUGGAGCCGAUCGCCCCGGAAGACCUGCUCGGCGACUGGUCCGGCGGUGACUUUUACAGCCCGUCCGAUACGGACGACCCGCGCGCCGAGCCGAAGCCCAUGCACCCGUGCCACGCUAUGCUCGAGAAUUAUCGGUGGGCGGGGAUGGUGGUGAAGAGUGUGGAUGAGGUGUUGCCGGUUAUGAGUUGGACGGAUGAUGGGAAGAGGGUUGUGAGUACUUAUUGGGGGGGUGCGCAGCUCCGCGAACUCAAGUUCAAUGGCGUCGUCUCGACCAGUCUCAUUUUCGACUGCUAUCCAAUCAUCGACCACUUCCGCCGCGUUUCGGAUAACACGCUCAUGGCUCUGCUGGAGGCGAAGGAGAAGAAUUUGAAGGAUGCGGGACCGUAUUACUUUUGGGUUAGGAAGUAA